AUCUGACCACCUUCCGCUCCAAGACACCGUCGUGAGACAGCGACUUCUACCUUUCAGCCUCUCCUGAACGACUAUAUAACGACCCUGCAACGUGCCCAUCCAACGACACCCCUUGUCUUCAUAUCCCACCGUCACCAUGUCUUUCGGUACCCACCUUCGUCGAGGCCAUCCCAUCACUCUUGGUCUCGUCAUCCUAUUUGCCAUCUUUGAGCUCGCACUCUCCGCCUGGCUCACAUCCAAGUUCAAUGCCUUACACAACUACCGAAAUCUCUCAGAGCGCGAUCGCGUCCGGUUCACCCUCUUCACGUCCACAUGGACUAUUCUCACGUCGGGGAUGCUCAUCCUUCUGUUCAUGCACUCGCCCGACGGCUCGGUGCUGACAAGUGUCCUCGCUCACAUUGUCAUUCUCGGCUUCACCUGGCUGAUGUGGACUGCCGCUGCCGCCGCCGUGACUGAGAUGCUCGGCGGUGGCCUCAACUGCAAAACGCAAGACGUCUUCGUUUACUGCAGUCAGCUCAACACCCUCGAGGCAUUCGCAUGGAUAGAGUGGCUGCUCAUAACCUUUGCGAUCAUCGUCGUUCUGGUUCGGGGUGUGUCAGCGUCACGGCGCGGAGACGGAGUCCGCGGGAGCCUGGCUUAGUAGUCAAUGGCGGCAUGAACCGCACUUUCUUGUUCGUCGCUGUACUGCACGUACUGUAGACUCUAUCUUUUCAUGUUUGUGUAUUUGUCCUGCAUUCCAAGGCUUGGUUUGGUUUGAUUCAAAACUCGAAUCCAAGAACUACUCGGCUGCGGCAUGCAGGGAAUCAUCGGUGGCGGUGCCGCUCACAUCCCCCUUGACCUUGUUCUUCUUUAGUUCUGUUCCUUGUUUACCAGAAGCCUCGUGGUCAUCAUUAUGCUCGCAUCUAAAGGGUUUGAGAUGUUGAUACCGCAAACUUCUUUCCGUUCUUUUCACCAACUCCUUCGAGUCGAGCUCACUUCAAUUCAUGGUUCAUUCUCUGCAGAGCAAGCUGGUUUCUCUUCCACAAGAUGUGUCUAACUUCCUUGCUAUCAACAACCUGCGCGCCAUACUUUCCCUGGACCCGAAUGCCGGCAGAUGCAUGAGUCGCCUUCCACCAGAGCUAAUUCGAGAGAUUUUCUUACUUUGCCAGCCUGGCGAGCCAUACUACAGUUCAAAAACUUGGACUGGCCAAGUUCUAAGCCCACUUGUACUGUCUCACGUCUGCCGCAGAUGGAGAGCUAUCGCCCUAUCGUAUGCCACCCUCUGGUCGACCGUCUGGGUCUACCAACCUAGCCAAGAGCACAUCCCCAUGGUCAAGACGUGGCUCGAGCGCUCAGGACAGCAGCCGCUCACAAUUCAUAUCACCCAAACGGAAAUCACGGAUUGGCGCCAGCCCCGUUACACCGACGAGAUUAUGUGGCUGCUCAUUCCCCAGCUGCAUCGAUGGGGUCGCCUCAACCUGUACUUGCUGAGUCCCCUCCAGCAUUCGCUCCAUACGCUUUUCUGGGCUCCCAGAAAAGCACCAUUGCUGACGCAUGUCUACGUGUCUGCUCAAAACUGGGUCCAAGGGCUCAAGCCGACGCUUGAAAGAGGGUUUCUGUCCUUCCCCUCGAUCCGCUCUGUCGUGCUCCCUCCUUCCGUCAACUUGAGCUUCGUUCCGUUUGCCCAGUUGACCGUCAUCGACGCAUCGCUCGGCGGCUGCUUCACACCGGACGUUCUCUUGGACACCCUACGGCGGUGCGGGCAGCUGCGCAGCCUAGCUCUUCAACUCGGGGCGGACCGAUCCGGCGGCACGUUUGUCCCGCAUCACACUUCGCUGCCCUACCUCUCGGACCUGAAGAUGACCGUAACAGCAGUCAAUCUGACCGAGUUGUUCGACUGUCUGACCCUGCCCUGUCUGGACAAGCUCAUGGUGCAUUACAACGAUGCACCUCACGUGGCGGAUGACGCUCGAGCCUUGGACCGUCUGCUUAUCCGCUCAAAAGCGUUCCUGAAACGACUCGAUCUCGCGGAUCCACAGCACCCCGGGAUCGAAUGGCAUCUUUCCUGGCUUCAGAUGCGAAGCAUGCAGCGCCUGGAGGAGCUGUACAUGCAUAUCGCGCUCGACGAUGCAUUCGUCGCCGCCCUCACUCUCCGUCCCGACCUCCCAUCCUCGCUGUUUCCUGGUCUGCGCACGCUCUAUCUCCACGACGCGGAAGCCGGCCAGCACCUCAACGAUCUCGAGCUGUAUCGCAUGGUCGUCUCACGGAUCGUUCCGUUGACGAUAGUCGCUCUGCUGGUUCGCAUUGCUGGCCAUCAUGCGGCCCCAGCUCUUCCGUUCUUGAUCGAGCGUUGCAAAAAUCACAUAAGUCUUGCCCUGACAUUGCUGCCCUGCGGAGAUCCGACGGCAAAGACCGGGCGAUAUCUGCCGCCGCCGAUGGCAGGAGGAUAUUGCGUGGAGUGAUGUCACGCGCCUGGAAUGGUCGGGCUUGGCUUUGAUUGGACACCAUAUUGUUGCCGACGAUCGCUUCCAGCACCGACGUGUCGUCGGUGUAUACUUGUGGACGCGGUGAUACGCUGCUGGUUGAGUGCAUUUUAGGCGUCCAUGCCCGCUCACGCGAUGUCUGUUCUUCGGCUGUCUGUUUUGGACUCUGCGGAUUUGGAUUCGGCGCAUACAAGCUCGAUUGGAUAUCGGCGUUCGAUUACUCAGCGGUAUAGCAGUACUCAUUGUUUGUCUCCAAUAAACGGGGCCUUCAAACACGCGAGAGGGUUUCCAGUUUUCGCUACGGUUGUUCGGAAUUUG